AUGGCUUCCUCUUCGCGAGCUCUGGCGCUGAACAAGCUCGCGACCCGACAAUUCGGCGUCGCCCGCAUGCAGCAGCACGCUGUCGCAUCGCGCAUCCUCGCUUCCUCGGCUCGUUCCCUGGCCACCACACCCUCCAGCCGGCCUCUUGCUGCUGGCAGCAUACGGCCCAUCGCUCGUCAGUUCCAAAGGCAGUACUCUGAGUCGUCUGCUCCUCCGCCCAAGAAGCCUGGAAAGAUUAGGAGGACCUUCAAGUGGACAUGGCGCCUGUUCUACCUCUCCGUUCUCGGCACCCUGGCCUAUGUCAGCUACGAGGUCUGGGAUAUCAGGCACCCCGAGCCUCAGGUCACUCCUGACCCCUCCAAGAAGACGCUCGUGAUCCUGGGCACCGGCUGGGGAUCUGUUGCUCUCCUCAAGAAGCUCGACACCGAGAACUACAACGUCGUCGUCAUUUCACCCCGAAACUACUUCCUCUUCACACCGCUGCUCCCCUCAUGUACCACGGGUACUAUCGAGCACCGCUCCAUCAUGGAGCCGGUGCGCACGAUCCUCCAAUCCAAGAAGGCCAGUGUUAAAUACUACGAAGCCGAGGCCCACUCGAUCGACCCCGAGCGCAAGGUUGUCAAGAUCAAGGAUGAUUCUGAGGUCAAGGGCGCUGUCACCGAGACCGAGGUCCCCUACGACAUGCUGGUGGUUGGUGUCGGUGCUGAGAACGCCACCUUCGGAAUCCCCGGUGUUCGUGAGAACUCGUGCUUCCUCAAGGAGAUUGGGGACGCCCAACAGAUCCGCAAGAAGAUCAUGGACUGCGUCGAGACGGCUGCGUUCAAGGACCAGACCCCGGAGGAGAUCAACAGGCUCCUUCACAUGGUUGUUGUGGGCGGAGGUCCAACCGGUGUCGAGUUCGCUGGCGAGCUGCAGGACUUUUUCGAGGAGGACAUCAAGCGUCUCAUUCCGGACAUCAGCGACCGUUUCAAGGUGACCCUGAUCGAGGCCCUGCCCAACGUCCUGCCCUCGUUCUCCAAGCAGCUGAUCGAGUACACCGAGAGCACCUUCGCGGAGGAAAAGAUCGACAUCAGGACUAAGACCAUGGUCAAGAACGUCACCGACACGUACGUUGAGGCCGAGGCAGUGGGCCCUGAUGGCAAGAAGCAGCUCAUCCGGUUCCCCUACGGUCUACUGGUCUGGGCCACGGGCAACGCCGUCCGCCCCAUCGUCAAGAACCUGAUGACAAGCAUCACCGCUCAGAAGGAUUCCCGCCGUGGUCUUGCCGUCAACGAGUACCUCGUCGUUCAGGGAGCCCGUGACAUCUGGGCCGAGGGCGCCUUCCUGGCUAAGCUGUUUAACAACAUGGCUAGGACGGAGGAGCUGGAGAGCAACAUCCGCGAGCUCUCGUCGUCGCUGAACCUCAAGCCGGGCAACUCGGCCGACUCGUCGAAGCAGAUCGAGGAGUACGAGAGGCAGCUCCGCCGCAUCAAGGACAUCAAGCCCUUCCACUACUCACACCAGGGCAGCUUGGCCUACAUUGGCAGUGAGAAGGCGGUCGCGGAUGUUGCUUGGUUUAAUGGCAAUGUUGCCUCUGGUGGUACCUGGACGUACUUGUUCUGGAGGAGCGCGUAUCUCUCGAUGUGCUUCAGCACUCGAAACCGUCUCCUAGUCAUAAACGACUGGGCAAAGUCCAAGGUCUUUGGACGUGAUGUGUCCCGAGAGUAA